AUGUCGACAGUGAACGAGUCUCCCACCACUAUGGAGUCUAAUCCUACAGAAACGACUGAUGAGAACUCUCCUACCACUACGCCUGAGCCCAUUGAAGAUGAGCUGCCCUUUCCCCUCGAUGAUCAUUGGACAUACCCGAUCGGAGUAAAGCCUAGUUCCACAGCGUUUGACGACGAAUGGCUGAACAAACCCCACCUCCUCGUCGCUAUGAAACCAUUGUUAAUCACUGCAUUUUCCCAGGGCUACCCACAGGACAAGUACUUUGCUCCCAAAUACAUAGAGGACAUUCCAAAUCCGAAAACCAUCCUUACCCCUUCCCAUUUCCGCAAAAGCAAAAAUGGUUUGCUCUACUUCAUAGAUGCAGAUUGGUCCGCCAGGCUCUGCAUUCCAGAAUCUAAGAUCCACUUUGUUCUGAAAUGGAUUCAUGAUUCUCCCUUCGAGAGCACACACGCUGGAUCGCGUUGA